AGGCACGGCACCCCACCCUCCCGCCGAACAAGGUGCAUGCUUUCUUUGGCAUUCAUUGCAUUGUUGGAAAGUCACAAGGUCUCACUUCUUCGAAUUGCGAUUUCCCGGAAUCCCCUCAAACGAUAUAUCCUCCUUCUCCUUGAGCCUUUCCAUCACCCAGGCUUUUCGUUCCCACGCAGAACGUUUGUCGAUCGAGUCGACGUCGAGACGAGGAAGCCAAAGACUUACAGAACCAAUCCAAGACGAAUCGAGACCUCGGCGUCACUCGGGCCAGGAUGGGAGAGCUGGCCGACUUCCUCGUUGAAAGAGACGAGAACUUCCGCAAAGCCCGUUUGCCCGCUCUCUACUCUGAUUUCCGUCCUCAACGAACCCUCAACCCCGAUGGCUUUCAAGCAAAUGUCAGCGCCUGGCGUCAGGCCCUCGCCCGCGCCGCUUGGGAGGGCAGGAUAGCAUCCCAGAUUUCGGCCCCGAACCUCCUCGUGGUAAACGUCGACGAGCAGCUUGUGCGAUCCCUCGAAAGCAAGCAGUUCGGUCGCCCGCUGGCGUUGGGUACGGUCGUGAGAGAGGCCGUGAGCGAGAAGGAUCUAUACCCACUUAAUGAGUUUCUCGACGCCAAGGACAGCAUUUACGCAGGUAAAACUUGGGCGCAGGUGCCGUGGAGCGUGGUGUCGUGGGCAGCGGGGCAGCUUGGGUUCGGCGGGAAGUCAACUGCCGGCGAGGAUAAGUUACCACAGGGGAAGUUCGUGGUGAUCAAGAACGCCGAGACAGCGGCGAAGAGCCUUGCAGAGAAGGUGAAAUCUUCGGACACAAGAUUUGACAGGACCUACACGAAAUCCCACUUCCGGAAGACCUUUGCAGAUACAAUCGUCCAGGACCGCCGACUAUCCGAGAUGGACGUUGACAUUCUCCUCGUCUUCCUCUCGCGAGACAAGGGCAUCAUGAUCUACGAUGGGCAUGUGGUCAAGAUCAAGGGCGCUACGGACGAAGAGGAGUCCACCAUCACAGAGGAGGACGCAGCCGUAUCGUCGCUCAAGGAGCUCAUCGCCGACAUGAAGGAACAAGCAGAGUUGCUCACGCGGCGCAUCGACGAGCUCACGACCGCGGCCAAGGAGGCUGUCUCGAAGAAGAACAAGGUCGCGGCGCUGGCGGCGCUCAAGUCCAAGAAGAUAACCGAGGCGUCGCUGGCAAAGCGCUUCGCGACGCUAAAUCAACUUGAGGAUGUGGCAGCGCGAAUCCAGGAGGCCAGGGACAACGUGCAGCUUGUCAAGGUUAUGGAGUCAAGCACUGGGGCACUUAAGGGUCUCAACGAAAAGGUUGGCGGUGCGGACCGCGUAGGCGACGUCGUUGACAGGCUACGCGAGCAGAUGGGUGAAGUGGACGAGGUCGGCAAGAUCAUCUCUGAAGCUGGCGCGGCGCCUGUCGACGAGUUUGAGGUCGAUGACGAGCUCGAGGCCAUGGAACGCGAGGAAAGGGAAAAAGAAGAGGCGUUGGAGCGGGCCAGAAAGGAGGCGCAGGAGGCGAAGGAGGCCGAGGAGACACGUUGCCGGCUCGAGAAAGAGAUGGCGGAUCUACGUCCGCCUGUGACGGAGCCUGCGGAGAAAGAGGGCGCAAGAGAGCAGGUGCAAACGCCAGCGAGGGAAACAGCGGAUAGCUUGGAGAAGCUGGAUCUCGAAGAGCGGGAGAAGCCAUUGCCCGCACAGUAGAGGCGAAUCACAUUAUGACAACGAAGGUUUGGGGGGGUUAGAUAUCGGCGUUUCGGUCUGUAUUGAAGCAAGCACCUGUCGUAUGGCUUGCAUCUGAAGGGUAUAAAAACGAAGCGCUGUGCCAUUUCAUCACAAUGCAAAAUC